AUGGGCGCCCGCGCGUUCCUGGUCGAGAAAGCGAAGCUCCGCCUGUCAUUCGGCGGCCCGUUUGCGGACGCCCAGCUGGAGGGGGCCGACAGAGAGGAGCUCGAGAGCUUCAAGGCCGAGUUCGAGAUUCAGUUCCGGUGCGCGCAUUCCAAGCGUUGGCGCAUGCUCUGCCCAGUCUUCUCCCUCGCCAGGUGCCCAGACACGUCCACGCACGCGGUCGCUGAGAUCCGGCGCGAACAGGCGCGGGGCAACGCGAUCUCACGCGUGGCAUUUUUCCGCGACCUCCCGCGGGGCGCGACUCUCAAGCUGGUCCAGCGGCAUUCUUUGGUUCCUGACAUUGUGGGCUACACCUACACGCGCGGGAAGCGGUCCGUCAUCGACUACCCCGUGGCCCCUCGAGGCACGGUGGAUUUGGUGCAUAUUAUAUCUGCCGACGUCGAGUCGCUCGGGGAUGGAGGGGGCGCUCGCGACGGCAUAGCUGCGCAACUCAAAGUGGAUGUCGGCGAGGUUUUGGUCGAGCUGUCGAGGAUCGCGCAGAGCAAGAUGGACUUUGGGCCCAACUGGGCCCCGACGCCCGCGGGGCUGCGGCGGGCGCGGAACUAUUGGAUUUUCGGGCGUGACGGUGCCCGAGAGUCCUUCCGUGAGCAAAUCCGCGAGGUCGGCGCCACGAAGUCCAGACGCAUCAUCGACCCUUUUGGAAUCACCCGAGGACGAUCACUUUUCCGCCGCCGACUCCGCAAUUUCGGACGACUACUCCGACGACGAUGUCGUCGUGGGCCCGACUCAUUUGUCCGUCGCCCCCAUGGAGUUCCACCAGAUCCACCUGACAGAUGUCCGACAAGGCGGCACUCCCGUGGCGAUCCGCAGCGGGCAGAAGUGCCUGCACCUGAGCGACGUCCUCAGGCUCGGGCAGGUCCGGCCGGAGGCCCCCGUCUCCUUCGGGUCCUCCAGGCACGCCGUGUUCGGGCCCUGCAAG